UGUGUGUGGAAAUGGGCAUCACCAUAGAUCUGAAUGAUGCUGUUGUUCAAUGCGUCUGACUCUCACUCAGUCACUCUCUCCUGACCACUGAGGAAAGCAGCGGCGGAAGCGAGCCUCCAAGGGGAGGGCAACAUGUCAGCAAGCCGCUACUUUCCUCCUCUCAACUGCAGAUGAUGUGUGCAUGUUUUGAGUGAGCUACUGAUCGUUUGAAGAAGUUACUCCCUCCCAGCCCAUGCUGGUAGUUGUAAACCCUAAUUGGGCGUACGGUCUUUUGAACAAAUUGAGCCUCGAUCGGAACCUACUGGCCGUGGCUUCCUCUCGCUUCAACUGGCUGCAGUUCAGAAGGACAGGAGCAGAGAGAAGCAGUCGGGAGUCCUGGCUGCAGCUGACUGUGGCACAGAGAGACAGGGAGAGCAGGCAGCUCGGGAGCUGAGCUGAGCCAGAGAGUGGCCUCUCAGAGUGGGCAGCACUAUGGAUCCGGGGGUGUGCGUUCUGGAACUCCUCGGGAUCCUCUUCUCUAUUGGUGCCUGGAUCUGCUCGCUGGCCACCACCAUCAUGUCCACCUGGCUGACCCUGUCCACCGACCUGCUGCCCGCGGAGAGCUACGAGCUGGGCCUGUGGGAGACGUGUGUGGUGCAGGACCUUGGAAUUCUGGAGUGCAGACCCUAUGACAGUCUCCUCGGCCUGCCUCCGGACAUCAAACUAGCUCGGAUCCUCAUGUGUGUAACAGUGGCCACGGGCCUCCUGGGUCUCCUGCUAGCCAUUCCUGGAAUCUACUGGAUCAACAGCUGCAACCAGGGGCCUGAGGGGUUGAGGGUGAAGAGAUUGAUGAAGAUGCUGGGGGGGAUAUUGUGCUUGGUCGCAGGGAUACUGGGUCUCAUACCUGUGUCUUACAUCGCUCACCUGACGGUCAUGCGGUUCUUUGACGAGGCCGUGCCGGCAAUCGUGCCACGCUGGGAGUUUGGAGAUGCCCUGUUCUGUGGCUGGACGGCGGGGUUUCUACACCUGGUGGCUGGCUCUCUGCUGGUCACCUCCUGCCUGUGCCUUCAAGAGGAGCCCUGCACUUUACAAAUGCCUAUACCGCUACAGAGAAGACAUACACACGUACACAGUACCAAUACCCCACAUAGGAAGAGGUCCAUGGAAUAUGUUUGAUAAGCUAUUGAGAAGUGAGAACAGUGUUCUCAGUAGCCUCUGCCCUGUCUCUAUCAAUGGUGAAUAAAACUGCUUACCUAAAGCUUUUUCAUGCUUAUUUACAUUAGCUAUAGUUAUUGAGUACACUUGCUGGGACAAAUCUUUCCCCAUAUAUUGAGACAGAAUGCUGGUACUUAUUUCAAUCACUCAAACAGGGUUUUGUGCAUGUCAUGUUUGCAAAAAUAUCACCUACUGUACAUUUAUCAAACAGAAAUUCUUUAUGGAACCAAAGAGACUACAGCUUUAAAAGCUGCCAUUUCGUCCUAAUACGUCGCUGUGCCUACUGUUGGUACUGUGGAAGAGAUAGUGUGCGCAAUGGUGCCAGAGAAUUUGAUGACAAGCAGUAUAUCGUCUAUGAAAGGACUGUUAAAAACUACAAUUCUGACCAAGGUUGAUUAUUCUGUAUGUCAAUGUCAAUGAUUGCCUUGGAUAUCAUAUCUUAUCACAAUACCAAUUAUUUUCUACAGCAUCUAUUAUCCUUUUUGUCCAAUAACUAAAUGAAACCAGUUUGAAUAGUGCAUAAAAAAAAUGUAUCCCUUCUUGAUAUUCUACACAGUUACUCAAUCAACAAUGCAUUAUGGGAAUAAUUAAUCAUACAAAUUGUAAAUAGAACAAAGAGAAAAAGUAUAACAUUAUAUUGUAGAAAGCUAAUAAUAAUUCAUGUGAGGAAUGUACUAAGUAUUUGGGAAUGUGUGUUUCAAAUGGUGAAAUAUCAGGACUUGCUUGCAACAACUGGACAAGACAAUGACUUCAUGGAUAUUUGAGGAUCUGAUUGUAUUUGUUUCAUUUCUGCUGAAAUUUCCACUAUAUAUUCUCUCUAGUUAGAGGCCAAUAUUACUGAUUUACCACAUACAUUAUAUCAGAUAUAUACUAAUAUACAUUAUAUUGUAUAUUGCUCUGUAGUGGUUUUCUGACUGAAUUGAUCAGACAUUAUAGUGCCACAAGGCUACAUAUCCUACAUCAGUUAUAUGAGAAAUCUGAAUAUUAAAAAAAGUUGAUAUUAUCAAAUAAAGAAA